AUGGGUACUGGAGGGAGUCGGGGAGUAUAUCAAGAUGCUAUACAUGUGAAGGAUCUUGGGGAGUAUACUCACGGAAACCGUUCGUUCGUUCAUGGAACGGAUUUGAGUUCGGUAAGGUACAUUUGGUUGUCGACCGAGUUUCCUGAGUUCAUCGCUCGUACGGACGUACGGAGCAAUGGAGCUUACAAAGCUAUCACUCGCUCCAACCUAAAUCUUACGGUAGGCCCUGCCCGAUCAACCAGAUUAGGAAGUGGACGGAACAUAUUAUCAACUCCUCAUGAAUUUGUCCCAAGCAAUGCCGAAAACCGAACACUAGCUGCCCGCUCGUUCAGGACAGAUUAA